AUCGAGUUGUAGUCGUUAGUGGCGUCAACCGCCGCCUUUUAAACCACCAAGUUUACCCAUUACACUUUUAUCCUCUCCACCACUGAUCGGCUCGUUAGCAUAUAUUUUAGGAGAAUCUUACAGAGUUACAGGAGUAAUGGAUAGCUCCAGCGAUGAUGAAAUAUUCUUCGGACCCAUAACUAAGAAGGAAGAGCAGAUUGCGAAAAAAUUUCAAAACAGACGGACAGAAGUUUUUCCGUCAAUGCCCCUUUUUCGUCGUCGAUCAGCAGCUCCUUCACUUGAAUCCUUGGAAGAGAAUGAUGCACAGAAAUGUAGUCAUGACAGUGAUACUUCACAAGCCAUUCAUGUCCAAGAUGUUAGCAGCAACCUCUCAUCCACAGGCAGUGGACAAUUUUCACUGGAUGAUGACAGUGUACAUAGGAAUUCAUCACACUUGUCUCAUUCUGUGCCUAGUUCUGAACCAGAAGAACAAGAGGCUCUGUUUGUGUUUACUUCACACAAAGGAGUAAAAAGGGUCUCACAAGACACGAGUACAGAUGUAAGUCUUUGUGUGGCAGUUAGUGAAAGUGAUUCCCAAAAAUCAUUUUCGUGGCAGAAUUUAUCAGAGAAUAGUUGUACAUCAGCAAUGUCAGGCAGCCUUCACACUAGCUGUGAUAGUGCUCUUCAUACUAACUCUCAUUCUGAUAUGUCCAAUGAUGAAUCCAAGAUUUUUGAUAAUGAAAGUAUUAUAUCAAAGGCACCUGUUGAUUUGUCCUCACAGUCAAUAGAAACCCACUCAAGCAGGUUUUCAAGACCCAUUGUUGAAUAUGAGGAGAAACUUAAAGGUAUCCCGGGUCUUUCUAAGGCUUUGAUGAAGAUCUUAGUUGCUGUGAAAGAAGAGACAUAUGUAGGUGGAGUCAGUGUGUCAGAUGCUGGGACAAAAACAUCAGUCACUGUACCAGAAACAUCAGUCACUGUACCAGAAACAUCAGUCACUGUACCAGAAACAUCAGUCACUGUACCAGAAACCUCCAUCACUGUACCAGAAACAUCAGUCACUGUACCAGAAACAUCAGUCACUGUACCAGAAACAUCAGUCACUGUACCAGAAACAUUAGUCACUGUACCAGAAACAUCAACCACUGUACCAGAAACCUCAGUCACUGUACCAGAAACCUCAGUCACUGUACCAGAAACCUCCAUCACUGUAUCAGAAACAUCAGUCACUGUACCAGAAACAUCAGUCACUGUACCAGUAACAUCAGUCACUGUACCAGAAACCUCCAUCACUGUACCAGAAACCUCAGUCACUGUACCAGAAACAUCAGUCACUGUACCAGAAACAUCAGUCACUGUACCAGAAACAUCAGUCACUGUACCAGAAACAUCACUGUACCAGAAACAUCAACCACUGUACCAGAAACAUCAGUCACUGUACCAGAAACAUCAACCACUGUACCAGAAACAUCAGUCACUGUACCAGAAACAUCCAUCACUGUACCAGAAACAUCAGUCACUGUACCAGAAACAUCGUCACUGUACCAGAAACAUCAGUCACUGUACAGAAACUCAGUCACCAGAAACAUCAGUCACUGUACCAGAAACAUCAGUCACUGUACCAGAAACCUCCAUCACUAAACUCCAUGUACCAGAAACCUCAGUCACUGUACCAGAAACCUCAGUCACUGUACCAGAAACAUCAGUCACUGUACCAGAAACAUCAACCACUGUACCAGAAACCUCAGUCACUGUACCAGAAACAUCAGUCACUGUACCAGAAACAUCAGUCACUGUACCAGAAACAUCAGUCACUGUACCAGCAGCCAUAUACAUUGUACUGGAAACCACUGCCAGUGAAUCAGAAACCCCAGAAGAUGGACUAGAAACCACACAUAAUAUAUCAGACACCACAGUCAAUGUACCAGUAACCUCAGUUACUGUACCAGAAAUCUCAGUCACUGUACCAGAAUCUACAGACAGUGAAUUUGAAGCCAUAGACUUUGUGCCAAGUAAAGUCAUCUGUGAAGGAGACCUAGGGGUUAGCUGUGAACAAAGACUGCAGGAACCACAGAUAAACAAAGAUUUUAUGUGUGAGAUCGAGAAUGAAAGUGAAAAGAUCUCAAAGCCAACAUUAUCUGAUGGAACAACAAACAAUAUUUUACCUAUUAUCCAGGAUUCAGCCGCUGAUUCAUGUCAGACAAUUCAGACCACAUGUAAUGAUAUUAGAGAAACUUCUUCCGGUGAAAUGAAUAAUGCAUCUACGGUACGGCUAAGUUAUUUCAGCGGCCUCGACGUGAUCAAUGUUGACAGUAAUGAGGUAUAUGGAGAUUUCUCAAUUGAGGAUAACCUCCACACUGCUAUAGACUGUGGAGAGGAUCUUUCACAUGAGGAUAGUCUAAGCUUGGAUGAUCUACAUGUUGAGAGUUAUGGGUCUGCCAAUAAAGCAGUAAUUGUCUCACUUUCAGAUUACUCUCAGAUUUCCACACUGUCUUGUAAUUCUCGGUCUCUUAGUCUCUCGGCUCCUGAAAGCCACCAUAGUAAUAAUAGCAUUGAGAAAAUUCAAGGAUACAAAAGUCCAGAACAUGAGAGUUUUUCUCCACAAAAUCUUAAUAUUUCUAAGAAAUCUUUUGAUACUUCUUCAGAGAGUGUACAAGGCACACAGUCGCCAUGUCCAAAAUUCAAUGAUACUAUUGAAGAGAUGGAGAUGAUGCUGAAAUAUGGAUUGAGUUAUGGAGAGGGAAACCAGAAGAAAGUAGUUGAAGCAGGUGGCAGUGUAGGAAAAGACUCAAGUGAUGUGAAAGUACCAGACAACAAAGACAAUACUUUUGAAAACAUUGCAGAUGAUCCCAUUGUUUGCUCCACCCGAUCCUCCAGUAUUGCUAGCGCUGUUUCAAACUUCCAGCCUGUAUUAGAGUCAACUCGCGCUUCUUCGUACCAAGAACAUUUUAUGACACCUCGAGUACAUGUUGAAGACGUGGGAAGUAAUGAGACGCGUGUUAUAUUUUCUCCUUCCAAAGCACUCAGUGAAAUUAAGAAAGGACCACCCCCUAAACCUCCUCGUAAAUUCUGUUCACCUGAUGUCAGUCCGCAAAAGAAUAGCUGCCACAAGACACCAACACAAUGCAUACUUAAAUCUUUUUCUGUGGGGGCCAAGGAAACAGAACUUAUUAAUGUUCACAAGAUGUCUACCAGAAGACAAAUUCCUCAGGUUUCCAAAAUAACAACACCAAAACAGGUUAAGGGCGAUAAGAUCAAAUUUUAUACUCCAAAACAGCCGAGUGUAAUUCAGUCCAGUGGAAGGACUCCUUCCUCAGCACCUCCCACUGGAUUGGGCUUAGCAAACUCAGGAUCUUCAACAAAGUUUCAGAAAAUUUCUAGACCUGGCCAGUCACCAGCCAAUACACCAAAUUUACCUCGGUCAGCUACCAGAUUUCAACCUCACACUCCAGUAUCAAGACAUCACACUCCAACAAUACAAAAAUCAUCUAAUGUGCUCAAGAAACAACCUACACCAUACUCCAGUCUUCCACCCCGACCAACUCCCAAUAAAAUUGGUAAAUUUAUAAUGAAACAACCAUCUAACCGAGGAAUCAAGCAAUACACUCCCCAGGAAAGAAGCACCCAGACUCAAUUAAAGGUCAAUUCAGCUAGUAAGGCCCCAUCUUCCUCACCUUUCAAAAUCAACAAUUUACGCUUCAAGUCAGGAAUGAAUAUUGAAAGUCCUGUUGCUAAAUACCUGAAGGAGAACCCACCACCUCCCUUCUUAGUGAAUGUUAAAUCCCGUCACAAAAUCAGCCCCUUGAAGACGAAGGACGAGUGUUCUCCCAGAAAGAAACCCCAUCAGUUGGUGAACCAGACAGAAAGUAAAGAACAUCACGCCCAGUACCAGGAGGCUCCUCGGGUUACUGAAGUGGUGGAAACUAGUUUUGCAAAAAGAGAAGUUGCUCUCACAAGGAUCCAGGAUAAUCUGAAUCGAUUAGGAUUGAGAAUGAAGAGUCGCCAAACUAGUGAAGAGGAAGAAUUAGUCCAGCCAGUGCACAUCAACAAGAAAGAAAAUGUUCUCCCUAAGGCUAUGUACUCCUCUGCUGUGCCCAUAAUAUUGAAUAAGGAGGAUAAUAAAGAGAAUGAGAGACUGCGGCGCCGCAUGAAAAUGUUAACAGAUAAUCAACCCGCUCUGGUUAUGAAGCAUAAAGGUCACAGGAUGAUGUCAAAAGUAACCUUCGAGGAAAACCUUAUUGAUGGUUUGUCACCAAAGGACUCCAGAAGUCCCACCCACAAGAAGGGAGUGAUAUCCUUCCCAGAGCCUCGGCCAUCUUUAACUGGGUCCCUCCUGGAAGUGUCCAUCUAUGAAUCACAUGAAGCUCAGUACACUAACGCACUCAAGUGAAAGUCAAGUCUUUGGGAAAGUUUAUCUGAAAUACCAGUAAUUAAAUAUUUGCAUUUGUGUGGUUAUUUGAUAUUUAUAUUCUCAAAUGUGUUACAUGUACGUAUGCAGUACUAAAAAAUCCAAUUUGUCUUUCUUAUCUAACUUUUACCUUUUGAUCUACAUACAUACAUUGUAGUUUAUUUUUUAUUAAAUACUCGGUCAAUGUUAUCAUAGAUAAUUGUUUUUAUACAGUAUAAGGAUGCUGCUAAGCUUAUUGAAAUGUCCAGUGUUUAUGAAUAUGAAGACAUUUUUAUAAAUAUAUUCUGUAUACAGUAUAGCUAUAGCCCUUUAGUGAUGAUGAUUUAACCUUUGUUGAUGAUAAUUAAACCCUUCAGGACUCAAGGGUUAAAGGAGAUGACUUACAAAGAAAAUAGAGAAAUUUACAUGUAAACUUUCUGAGAGUAAGAUUACAUUGUGGCAUAUAUCGGUGGCUUCUGAACUGUUCAUUCCCAGGUUUUAUCUUUAUAAUGAACAUCAAUAAUGUUUUCGAUUGUUUUAUAUCAUGCACUGAAUCAUUCAUAUUAAAACAUAGAAAAUUAUUCCCGUUAUACAUUAAUUCUGCACUCUUGCUUUACUCUUAAACUGUGAGCAGAAGGAACCUCCAAGCAUUCCACCAUUUCAUUGUACUGUACUUAAAAUAAUUUAUGGUUAUAUUUUGAUACAUUUCAUCCUCAAACAUUUCCUCAGAUACUUCAUGAUAAUUGUUUGUGUUAUUAUAUCAGCACAUGUUAGGCAGUAGUCAGCCAAACUCUUUCAUCAUAGUUCUCUCAUUAAUUCCUGUCUAAUAAGCAUUAUCAAUGCCUGUAUUGCUUAAAGUAAAUGGUAGGCAGGGAGCAUGAAGUGUUUCCAUUUUUCAUCCAUCCAAGUAUGUAUUUUUCUGUUUGUUUUCACCCAGACAGCGACAUAAUGUAUGCUGUACAGAUUUUUUAUUUUUUUUUAGUUUUAAUUUUCUGAAGUUGCUCUCCCCAAGAUGUUAGAUCAUGUACUCAUUGGCACCAAACUACAAUUCUAAAUGCUGCAUAUAUUGCUUUCAUUGUUCAGUAGUUUUUUCAAUUCAAAACAGGGAAUCUAAGUUACAAAGAUUAAAUUUUAUUUUAUUUUCAUGUUGUACGGUAUUACGGGAUCAUGAAAUACCUAUGUUCUCUUUAUAAAAUUGUGGAUUUAUCUUAUUUAACAGACUUAUUAUGAAAGGGUGAUGAAGUAGUGAGUGUAAUUCACAUGACUGCUAAGAGUGGCAACAUAAAAGUUAAUUUUUCAGGAAUACUUACUGAGCUACAUUCCAGUCUCUGCCUUUCAUCGUGCAUAAAAAUAUCUUUAAUUUUAGCCUAUUAUUUUGAAUGAAACAUUUCUGCUCUUUUAAUAAACAUCUCGGACAAAU